AUGCUUAUUUAUUAAUCUUUUUAACCACUUUAUUUUGCAAUUCAUACUAGAUUAUGUAAAAUAUGCCCUAUUAAUUAUUGCUUAUUCUGUUUUGAAUAUAAUUAUUAUGGUUAUGAGAAAAAUAGUGCACUUACUACAUAUGAUUUAGAUAUUGUUGGUGAGGAUUUUUAGUUAAUUAAAAUUGUUUUUCUGUAAUUUUAAGAUGGUUAUAAGUUUAAUUUUAACUCUGGAUUAUGUGUUAAUUAGAUACCAAGAAUAUAAUAUUGUUUAACAUCAUAUCUAAAAUAAUUAGAAGAAACAUGUUUAAUAUCUACUUUGAAUAAUUUUAAAGUAUCAAGAACAAUUAAUAAUUUUGAUGAUUAAAUUUUAAAUUGUUAAAUAUAUACAUUAUAUUAUCAAUAAGUUAUUAUAUGUAUAAAAUGA